AGUAUUUGAUGGUGUCUUAAAUUUGUGCAAUUUUUAACUUUUGCGCAGGAUGUGAAUUCCUUUUUUGAUAAUUUUUCAAUUUCUUGAGUAUUAAUUUCGACAGUAUUUUCAUGGCAGCAUAAAUAACAGCAAAGAUUCCAAACUUGCCGUUUAAUUUAUCCUGCCCAAUGUAGCACAACAUAUGACUAUAAUCCUAUUCCUUCUGCAUAACAAACGUUUUUGACCCUUGCCCAUUGCAGACCUCCAGCACCCCCAUAAAGUCAACAGGUCGUUAUCGUUUCUUCGCCGUUAUCAGCGUGAAUUGUGGUUUUACCUCUUCAGUGCGAAAACACCACGGGUCGCGAACGACUUUAGAACAGCGAUUUACAAGGAAAGUGAACAUGGCCAACGCAACACAACCGGCGCAUCUGAAGCUGGAACGUUUCGGAACCGUUCUACGCGUGACCAUCAACAAUCCGCGCAAAAAGAAUGCGCUCAACAAGCAGGCAUACCAGGACGUGACCGACACUCUGAACGCAGCGAACAAGGACGACGGUAUUAAUGUGGUUGUACUAACCGGUACCGGAGAUUACUACAGCUCAGGCAACGAUAUGGUAUCGGCAGUGGCCGACGAAGGUUCGGUCGAAGAAAAGCUUGCUCGUGGAAAUGCUAUUUUGCGGGAUAUGGUGCGUGCUUUUAUUUCGUUCGACAAGCUACUGAUAGCUAUCAUCAAUGGGCCGGCAAUCGGAAUUGCGGCCACCACUGCACUUUUGUGCGAUGUAGUGUAUAUGGCUGAUACGGCCUACAUCUAUACGCCAUUUACAAAGCUGGGCCUUUGUGCGGAAGGAUGCUCCUCGUACACAUUCCCCUUGCUGAUGGGUCGAAGCAAGGCGUCGGAAAUGCUCCUACUGAACCAUCGGAUGUCUGCACAGGAAGCGUUACAGUUUAACGUGGUCGCAGCGGUGUUGAAACGUGAUGAAAUGGAAAGCAAACUGUGGCCUCAGAUACUGGAGUACGGAAAACUACCGAUCGGAUCAAUUAAGGCUGGCAAGAUGCUGAUCAAUCGCUUUCAGCGAGACAAACUUCACGAAGCGAAUGAUCGCGAAACGGAAGCGCUAAUGGAUCGUUACCAGACGGAAGAAUCGAUGAAUGCGGUUAUGGAAUUUAUGAUGCGGAAAAGCAAAAUGUAACCGAAAGUCAUCUUGAAAUGCAAAUACAGUUUUGGGUAUGGUUAUGGAUCGUAA